AAACCCCAACGAAAAAUACUCAGAAAAAAAAAAGGUGUGAUCUUUGCAGACACGUCUCGCAAUUUUGUUAGAUUUUGAACCAUCGAUCGAUCAUCUUUGCAUCCACCAGUCCAUCCCAGACUUUGAAUCUUUGAAAGAGAGAGACUUUCUGUGUUACUGUUGUUGUUGUUGCUCGUGGACUUUCUAAUGGCUUUGCAGACCAAUAGCAGCAAUGCCUUGCUCCCAAAGUCCGUACCCGUUUUCUCUGGGGCCGGUGAGGCUCGGCUCCGGUCCCGACUGGUCGGAGCUGGAAUCUGGGCUCGGAGGAGAGCGGGCGGGGUUUGUAUGAUCGCAUGCAAGAGCAGCAGCAGCAGCGAUGGCGGCAAGAAGGCAGGGGGAGUGCCCAAUUCCAACUAUGUGGUGCCGUUAGACAAGUCGUUUUCGUCUUCCAACUCUUCCUGCAUCACCCGCCCUCUCGCUGAAAUCCUCAGAGACCUCAACAAGAGAAUCCCUGAUAACAUCACCCAAGCACCUCCUCACCAUCACUCCACCUUCAUCCCCUGGUACCAUGCGAACCGGAUGUUGAGCUUCUACGCUCCUGGAUGGUGUGGAGAAAUCCGUGAUGUAAUAUUUUCUGACAAUGGAAGUGUGACUGUGGUAUACCGUGUCACUAUACGUGGAUCUGAUGGAGAGGCACACCGUGAGUCAACUGGAACAGUAUCACCCAGUGAUGGCCACAAUGCUGAUCCAGUUACCGCAGCGGAGGAAAUAGCUUUCUGCAGAGCAUGUGCUCGGUUUGGCCUUGGCCUCUAUCUGUAUCAUGAAGAUUAGACGCAGGACGGCAGGAGGGUUGACCUGCUCACUGUGGCAUCUUUUUGUUUAGUUCGUUAUGAAGUCAGAUAGUACGUUCUGCCUGUUGAUGUAAAUAUCUGACAAAUGAGCUGUCAUAUAAAGUUUAUAAACUGGUCUCAUAUUUAUAUGGGUCGGAUUGUGGGAAACAAAUAAAGGUGUGAACACUGCAGAUCCAUUCAUGUCUAAUGCUGUAGACAUUAGAUACAAAGUCAGAUAUUUAUGAAUCAAAUGGAAGAGUCUUCUUGUUUCAAAA